AUGGCACCGCCGGAGAUCCACCAGCUCUUCCACAACCCGAUUGCGGACCACUCCUUCUCGGCCGACCGCAAGCUGCUGGCCGUGGCCCGCGAGUCAACCGUGGAGCUGUACGGCCGUGUGGGCAGUGCGUUCAAGCUCAAGGACGAGCUCAAGGGACACGACAAGACGGUGACGGGCGUGGACAUUGCGCCCAACACGGGGCGAAUCGUGACGUGUUCUCAGGACCGCAACGCGAUCGUGUGGGAGCCGUCGCCGUCGGGGUACAAGCCGACGUUGGUGCUGCUGCGGAUCAACCGGGCGGCGACGUUUGUGCGGUGGUCACCGUCGGAGGCCAAGUUUGCCGUCGGCUCGGGCGAUCGGGUGAUUGCGGUAUGCUACUUUGAGGAGGAAAACGAUUGGUGGGUGUCGAAGCACCUGAAGAAGCCGAUCCGCAGCACCAUCACCACCGUGGGCUGGCACCCCAACUCGGUCCUGCUGGCCGCUGGCAGCACCGACGCCCGCGCCCGCGUCUUCUCCAGCUUCAUCAAGGGCGUCGACAGCCGGCCGGAACCGAGUGCUUGGGGCGAACGACUGCCCUUCAACACCGUCUGCGGCGAGUUUCUCAACAACUCGGCCGGCUGGGUCCAUGCCGUCGCCUUCUCGCCCAGCGGCGACGCCCUCGCCUUUGCCACCCACGACAGCAGCAUCACCGUCGUCUACCCCAGCGCCCCCGACCAACCGCCGCGUGCCGUCAUCAGCAUCCCUACCCAGCUGCUGCCCUUUGCUAGUCUGCUCUGGAAUGGCGAGGCCGAGAUCAUCGCCGCCGGUUACGACUGCGAGGCUUUCCGCUUCCGCGGCGACGUCGCUGGUUGGGCCCUCAGUGGCACCCUCGAGGCUAAGACUCACGCUCCCGGUGCCGCUGAUCGCGAGGAAUCUGCCCUCAACAUGUUCCGCCAGAUGGACCUCAUGGGCAAGGCCAAGAACGACGCCCAGCUCAAGACCGUCCACCAGAACACCAUCACCACCAUCCGCCCCUACGAGUCGUCUGGUGAUGCCGUCUCCAAGUUUUCUUCGAGCGGUGUCGACGGCCGCGUCGUUAUCUGGCACACGUAG